UGAGUCAGCAGGAAAAUAAUCAAGAAAAUAAAAAUCGGCAAACAUUUUUAAAAUUUGAAUUUCUUAUAUAAACCGCAAGAAAAAGAGAAAUUUUAGAAAGUAAUUAAUUGGCUUUUACCACAACAACUACUAAAUUAAUAAUGAAAUUCAUUGUCUGUUUAACUAUCUUGGCUGUUGCCAUUGCCUGCGUCUCGGCUUGUGAUCCUGAUGGCGAUAACAAACCCGAAUGCAAUACCAGAAACGUUAAUGUACCAACUCGUAACACCUGGGAUCCCACCCAUUUCUGGUUGUGCUCAUCGGCCGGUGCUGAAGCCGAAAGCAAACCAUGCCCAAUCGGUGAAGGUUUCGAUGCAACAAAGGGUGCUUGUGUAGAAUGGAGUGAAUGGAAAUGGACAAAUCCUUGCCCUGAAAAUGAAUCUAACUAAAUCUGAACUUUUUUUAAAUAUUGAAAAGCAAAAUAAACUCUAUUCAGAUGAAUUGAUUUCAAGAAAAAA